AUGGCUAGAAUAAUACCCUCUGUUACUGAAGCUCUUCAUCCCUCCAAUAUCAACUCAAAAGCGUUAGUAAAGUUGGUGACCACCGUGUAUUAUGGCACAAUAGUCCAUACCCCAGCUCUUAAUCAAUUACAGGUAUUUCCUAACUGUGCGGUAGUGGUAGGAAGCUCCGGCUCUAUCAUAAACUUGAUCCCUAAUUGCUCUUCCAUUUCUGACGUUUUCACAAAGUAUAACCCAGAGCUUGAUCAGAAAUCAACAAAGAUCGUCGACAUCUCCGGAAACCCUUAUCAAUUCUUUUUUCCUGGGUUUGUCGAUACUCAUAUCCAUGCUCCCCAAUUCCCUAAUGCCGGUAUCUUUGGUAACUCCACCCUACUUGAUUGGCUCGACACCUAUACUUUUCCAUUGGAAGCUUCUUUUGAGAAUUUACACAAGGCUAACAAGAUUUACUCCAGGGUCGUCCAUCAGACCCUCCAAAAUGGCACCACCACCGCCUCGUAUUUCGCAACCAUCCAUCCGGAGGCUACGAAGUUAUUAUCCAACAUUUGCUUCAAGAAUGGCCAGAGAGCCCUAAUUGGUAGGGUCUGUAUGGAUGAUAAUUCCCCUGAUUUCUACUCAGAGUCACACGAGGAUAUGAAGACCAAUACCGUUGAUGUUUGCAAUCAUAUCAAGCAACUUGGUGCAACUACAGAUCAAGAAUGCGACGCCAUAAUCUUGCCUACUUUGACCCCACGAUUUGCCCCUUCUUGUACCGCAAAGACUUUGGCAUGGUUGGGUGAUUUUCGGGAAGAAAAAAAAUUACAUGUUCAAUCCCAUGUAUCAGAAAAUAUCGAUGAAAUCAAACUUGUCUCAUCACUCUUCCCAGAUGCAUCUUGUUAUACCGGAGUUUAUGAAGAUUAUAAUUUGUUAGGCGCUAAAACUGUCCUUGCUCAUGGUGUUCACUUGACCCCUUUGGAAAUAUCCAUCCUUCAUAAAAACCAAUCGGGUAUUUCCCAUUGUCCAAUAUCCAAUAGUUCGCUUACCUCGGGGGAAACAAGAGUUCGUCAAUUACUUAACUCUGGAAUUAAAGUCUCUCUUGGGACAGAUAUGUCUGGGGGUUUUUCACCUUCGAUUUUGUCAUCGGCUAGACAAGCUCACUUGGUGUCACGUCACCUAGCCAUGAAAACCAAAAAGGAAGAAGACAAAUUAUCCGUCAAUGAUGUGCUUUAUCUUGCCACAAAAGGUGGAGCGCAAUGUCUUGAUAUGGAAUCCACUAUUGGGGACUUUGGUAAAGGGAAAAAAUGGGAAUGUCAACUUGUUGAUUUAAAGAGUACUGGCUCACAGAUCGAUAUUUUUGAUUGGCAAUUGCCAGAUUACUUGAUCCAGAGAGGAGGAUAUCAUUUAAAAAUUGCUGGAAGGGAGUUGCUCAAUUCCGAUGACUAUUUCCAGGAUUUCCAUGGUGUUGGCCUUUCAAAAUUUGAUAAUAAUGAGGAACAUAAAUGGAUCAAUGAUGAUGGUACGUUUAUUGAUGCCGAUCAAUCUAAGUUUGAAGAUUUGAUUGCCAAGUGGUUAUUCAAUGGCGAUGAUAGAAAUACAACUAAGGUUUACGUAAAUGGUAGAUGUGUGAUUGAUAAGACAGAAUAA